ACAACAAGAAUUUCCGGCUAUAUCGCACACGAAAGACACGAAUCGUCCACUUCGUUCGCGUUUUUUUUUUUUUUUUUUUUUUUUUUUGCUCGAAUUCAAACGUAUUACACGUCGGAUGAUUGUCAUCUGAAUUAUUCAUCAGCCCUUAACGUCGUCCUUCUAGACAGGUUGAAGACUGAAACUUUUGGCAAAUUUCGGAACAUGAAGAAUCCAUUGCUUUCUUCGCUGUACGAUCCUCCUCCGCCACCCAUCGCCGACGGCGCUGGAUACCCAACCCACCGGAAUAGUUUAUAUCCGGAAAGGCUGCAUCCACCUCCGUAUCCAGGCUCAUCGGUCCUUCCGAUUUUCCCGUCGCUGAGCAAGAAUCACAACAACUACGCCAGUAUGAUAAUCGAAGCGUCCGGAGGUCCCCCACCGUUAGAAUACGACCCUGACGCAAUCCCUUCGCCGGCCUAUCCAUCGGUCAAUGACAGUGAAAUGGCCACGCCGAGUGGAUUGAACGUCCGUGCUGAAGAGAUAGGCCUUGUCCUACUGGUCUUGCUUCUUUGGGUCGGAGCCGUUGCACUUUUCUUUAAUCGAUGGGGCAAAAUUCGCAUGCUGGAGCCGUACCAACCGAAAUUCAUUGAUGCUCCUCGUGGAUCUCUUGCACCGAUCGCAGCAGCUGGAACAGGCGCUCCUUUGGUCAUGUCCACAGCGCCACAUCGGCCCUCUUAUCCAAUGAUUGAGCUCGCUCACACGUCACGACUACAUCAUCACUCUCGUAUGAACAUUUCGGCAUCGGGCUGCUGCGAUCAUCCAACGGCCGACCACCAACAAUCAGUUCUCUCAUCCGGAAGGCGGAGACCAUCGGCAUCGCCUUCUGGUAUCUUCGUACACCACCAUCCAACUCAUUCGGCACGUCAUCAUCACGGAUCGUCAUCGUCUUGUUUAUCACCAGGAUUGCCCUUCUACGGAGACGGAAUCGGAUCAGUUGGCGAUCCGUAUUAUCAUCAACAUCAGCAGCGGCCGAGGCAGAAUUCGGUUGUCGUGUUCGCCACGGCUCAUUUCAUGACGGCGGCUCGUCGCGUCAAGAGCGCCAUGGAUCUGCAGACGCUCGUCUUACGUGAAGAGACGGAAGAAAGCGUCCACGCUCUUAGCUGUACGGCGGGAGGCGAAGCCUCUGCAUUAAUGGGUUCAUCCACCGCAGAUAAUCAUCUAGCCGUUGGUACCAUUACUUGCGUUUGAGCCUUUGUUUUUGUUUUCACUCUUGUUAUUUUAUUUGUGCAUUCAACACAUUCAAACAAAUAUCAUAUUCAGAUUUUUUUUUUAAUCUAUGAGUUAUUUCACACGUUAUUGUGUAUUUUAGUUCAAUAUUAUGUAAUCAUCUGUCGAUUGGCUGACGUGAAGACGUAUCGUCUCUCCCAAUGAAUGUGUAAUCCAAACUGAUUCUGUUUUUAUUUCUUCUUGUUAUUUUUGUUUAUGAAAUGUAUUAUCGAUUGGGGAGUCGAAGUCGACGUUUUACCUGGAACUCGCACGCUUUUCUUCUUCGAUGAUGCGUUGUAAUAUUUAUGCGAUUUCACAUCAAAUGUUUUACUCAUUCAGCGCGGUGUUACCUCUACCGAUUAGUGAAUGUAAUCUUUUCUGCGUUACCCGUGACAACCGCAUUGGAGCUUGUCACGUUUUGAAUUUAAAAGCAAAUGUGGUAUCAUAUGUUACGUGUUGGUACAUUUACGGAUAUUUUAUAUUUAAAGUAAUUUAAUCACGAUUGGACCCGCAAAAAGAACUAUUAAUAAUGACGGGUUAUUCGUCUUUAAAUUACGAAGGGCUGUCCUGUGGAUGACGGUCAUCUUAAAAAUUUCCCCUUUUUCUUUUUUUUCUUUUCCUUUUUUUUUUAAAUCCAAUGCACAAUAUAAAACAGUUCGGUGACCCGUACGCAAUAUUCCAUAUGAUUUUACAGA